AUGGUAUCACAAUUGAAUCUGGAUCAACUUACAAUUUAUGAAAAAGUUGUGGAUGCCGAACAAAACAAAAGAUCUAAGGGAAAGAUUAUACUUGCUGUUGCCGCCUCAGGCAUUGCAUCCCUUUUGUUGCCUUCAGGUCGUACUGCUCAUUCUAGAUUUCUUGCAGAGCUCCUAAAGAGGACUUCUAUGAUCAUAUGGGAUGAAGCUCCAAUGAGUGAUCGUCGUUGCUUUGAGUUUCUUGAUAAAUCACUAAAAGAUGUCCUUGAAGAAGAUAACCAUCUUUUUGGUGGAAUGUCAAUGCUCCUAGGAGGUGACUUUCGACAAACUCUUCAUGUUCAACCUAAAAGCAGACAAUCACAAAUAAUUGGCCUAACUUUACCCAAUUCCUAUCUAUGGUCACAUUUUACGGUAUUCAAAUUGCAUCAUAAUAUGCGUUUAUCCCAAACAGUCAAUCCAAAUAACGAUGUUAAUCAAAUAUCACAGUUUGCUUCAUGGCUUCUCGAUAUUGGAAAUGGAAAUAUCGGAACACCAGACAAGAAUGAUCCAGAAAGCACAAACGUUAUACAAAUACCUCAUUGUUUCCUUAUCGAAUCAGGAGACAACGAAUUAGAAUCACUAAUACAUUUUGUAUACGGCAAAGAUAUAAUUUCCAAUCCAUCACCUGAAGAGUUAUCUGUUAGAGCCAUUAUUUGUCCGAAAAAUGAAACAGCUGAUCAAGUCAAUGCUUUAAUUCUAUCAAAAACUAAUAGUCAAGGGGUAGUAUACAACAGUUGUGAUUCUAUCAAGUCACAAACCCAUGAUAGCUUAGAAUUAGAUACCUUAUAUCCCCAAGAUUAUUUAAACAAUCUUCACUUUUCUGGUAUUCCUUCACAUACAUUAAAUUUGAAAGCUAAUACCCCAGUUAUGCUAAUGAGGAAUAUCAAUCAACGAGAAGGUCUUUGUAAUGGAACACGUUUGAUUGUUACACAAUUAUUACCAUCUGUGAUUGAAGCUUCCAUAAUAACAGGAAUAUCUGUUGGGAAAAGGGUGUACAUUCCAAGAAUAAAAUUUGUACAUAAUACCUCUGACCUACCUUUUAUAUUUAUCAGAAAACAAUUUCCUCUUAAAGUGUGUUAUGCAAUGACUAUAAACAAAAGUCAAUGCCAAUCUCUUAAAAAGGUAGGUUUAUACCUCACAAACUCUGUUUUCACACACGGACAACUAUAUGUGGCUUUGUCAAGAGCUACCUCACCAGAUUCGAUAAAGAUUCUACUACAACAAGAAGAUACAUUACCAUUCAACUGUACCAGAAAUGUCGUCUUCAAAGAUUUGUUAGCAAGAGUUAAUAUGCAAGAGAGCAAUCUCCUCAAACAUGGAUAG